CGCGCGUUGGUCUGUUCAAGGUUACGAUCAUAUGGAUAUAAACGGAGGUCUGUUUAACGAAUCAGGAGAAUAUGAACAAACCAUAGAUGAGCAAAUCCCAGCAAUAUACACUUCGGAGGAUGAGCGUAUUCGGACACCAGCUGUCUUAUCAGAUACCUCGCGCUCACCCAUUUUUUCCGAUAACCGUCAGCAAGUAGUACAACCGUUAAGAAGUGAUAAUAAACAUGCGGAAAACGAUACAAAUAACUCAUCAGUACCAACAAAGAAAGCUAGAUUAGCAAUUCCUUCGGGUUUAGUUUCCUAUGCCAUCGACGAAGAUGAUGAUGAGCAUACGGUGUUAGAUACAGAUCAGAACACUGAUUCUGAUGGUGAAAAUGAUCCUAAAUCAAAAGAUGAUCAUGGAUUCCAUCUUGGUAGUAUGGAUAUUCCGUUGGAUAAUUCGGGUGGACCCCCAACUAUUUUCAGUUCUGACCAGCCUAUCAACAUCUUGUCCCAAAACCAAGUUCAUAUUUCAGAACCAGUAAAUGAUGUAAAAAAUCCAAACUUAAUCACUAUUGAAGCGAAAGCAGAAAGUCCUACCCUUACAGAACGCCUUAUUCAAGCGGUUCAAUUGCCCUCUGAACCUACUGGUCACUGUUCAAUGGUGCUUCAAGAAAGAGUAGAGCGAGCAGUGCGUCGUAUGCGCUUGGAUAUAAGCUACGAUCCUAACAGAGCAAUUCAAGAUAACAAAGCGUUCCGUAAUCCCAGGUGUGUAAGCGUGUGGACAAACAUAAACUCAGUUUUAUUUUAGUAUUUAUGAAAAGCUGAUCGAUUUUUUGAAAAUUGACGAGAAAGGAACUAACUUCUCUACAGAUAUAUACGAUCCCUAUCGUUGGACUCCGCAGUCAUAUUAUGAAGAACUUGCAAAGGUGCAAAAUCGUGAAAUCGACCGACUGAUGAAAAUGCAAAAAGAACUUAAAAAAUCUGACCCAAAUACAACGAAUGCAAACAACAGCACAAGUGCGAAUGCACCUAAAAAUCCAAUUACUAGCACAGACAAAUCCAUUACUACAUCUGGAGGGUCCGUUUCUACGGGAACCAAAAAAACCAAGUAAAUGGGACACAGGUAUUCCUACCAACGUUCAACCCCAUGAUACAUCCUCCUCAGAAUCUGUUAAGUUAUCUGUUCCUCCCGUUGGAAGUUUGAUCAAACGAAAUUAAAACUAAUCCAAGUUACCAGAUAAUGACUUUGAAAUACGCUGCUCUUUUUAUAAUUUUUUGAAAAUAUUUUUCAAGAUGUUAAUACAACAAUAAAAGUGAAAUACUCAA